GUCGACCACUCCCAUGCUCGUGCCGAUGCCGCCAUCAUGGUCAAAUGGCACCCGGACAGGCCAUGUCUUCAUCACGUUCUGGAUUCCCCACAAAACCCACCAAAGUUUCUGACCAACAGGCUACAAUUUUUCACGUCUGGCGAAGUCAAAGUUUUGCAUUGAAAUGCAUUCUCAGGGUGGUUCAAUGAGGUUGGCGUAUUGCCCCUCAGCCGUUCUCGGCAGAGCGUCGGGCUGGAUCCUCCCACAAAAUGAAUGCCUCUCUUUAGAUGGUCGGUCCAAUGUGCACUCGUCAUGUAGCGAUCAGUUGUCCCAAGGGCGACAAAGACAGCGCGUGAGGUAACUCAAGUCAUUUGGUUGCGAGCUCCACUCUCGUGCAAACCAAACCCUCUACGUCAUUCGGGCGUCAGACUCUGCCGAAGUGGAACAAAAUAGGCGUUCAUUACCGCUUUGGGCUCAUGCAGCAACGAAGCUCCUACAGCUAAGCGGGCAUUCAAUCUUCACGUCCGAGAGGACAUGAGCUCACUCUUGAAUUGGUCUGUAUCCAAUCAUGCGGUAGCAAAUAGCUGAAUUUCUAAGCUGCCAUAUGCUCAAGUAAGGAACUGUGUCCCAGCACUCGAACGCUAACCAGGGUUUCUUCCCCUCUUUCGCGCGUGCGUGUAAUCGCAACAAGUAUAAAGACGUUAAGAAUGACCUCCAUACUCCGUUACGUUAGCGCAAGGGCCCCGGUACGAACAUUUCGCAUACCCUCUCACAAACCGUUUGCAAUAAUUGCAAGAUCGUACGCAAUGGCUGGUGGAAACGUGCCUGCUCUCAAGGACCCAUCGCUCCUCAAGACACAGGCAUACGUCAACGGAGAAUGGGUCGGUGCUGCGUCAGGCAAGACGUUCGAGGUUCAUGACCCCGCGACGGGUCUGAAGAUUGCCACCAUGCCCGAGAUGGACACAGCGGAUGUUGAGAAGGCCAUUGCAGCAGCGGCAGCGGCUCUUCCUUCUUUCCGCAAGACCACUGGCCGAGAACGUUCGAAGCUUUUGCGAAAAUGGUACGACCUGAUGAUGGAGAACGCAGAAGAUCUGGCCACAAUCAUUACGUGGGAGAACGGCAAGCCCAUUGCUGACGCUCGAGGCGAGGUCACAUAUGCUGCGAACUUCUUCGAAUGGUUCAGCGAAGAGGCUCCAAGGUUGUACGGCGAUACGAUCCCAGCUAGCGUUGCUGGUAACAGAGUGUUCACUAUCAAGGAGCCGGUUGGCGUCUGCGGUCUGAUCACCCCGUGGAACUUUCCAGCGGCCAUGAUUACUCGUAAAAUUGGGCCAGCUCUUGCUGCUGGUUGCACAGUCGUGGCAAAAUCCCCGGCUGAGACCCCCUUCACCGCCGCAGCGAUCGCUGAGUUGGCGCAUCGGGCCGGCAUUCCUAAGGGUGUAGUGAACAUUGUCACCGCGCAUGAAAAUACGAGCCAAGUUGGUGAACUACUCACGACCUCGCCGACCGUUCGCAAGGUCUCUUUCACCGGAAGCACACGCGUCGGCAAGUUGCUUAUGAAACAGGCAUCAAGCACCGUCAAAAAGCUGUCCUUCGAACUCGGCGGCAACGCACCCUUCAUCGUGUUUGACGACGCAGAUCUUGAUGCAGCAGUCGCUGGAGCUAUAGCUAGCAAGUUCCGCUCUUCCGGACAGACGUGCGUGUGCGCGAACAGAAUAUACGUCCAGCGAGGCAUCUACGACAAGUUCUGUGCCGCCUUCGCGGAGAAGGUGAAGCAGUUCAAAGUUGGCAAUGGCUUUGAGCAGGGUAUCACUCACGGCCCCGUUAUCCACGACCGUGCCAUCGAAAAGGUCGAACAGCACGUGCAAGAUGCCGUCAAACGCGGGGGUAAGCUUCUUGUCGGAGGCCAGAGACUGCCAGAUCUGGGCUCCACCUUCUUCCAGCUCACGGUCAUUCGAGACAUGACAAAAGACAUGCAAUUGGCGCACGAAGAGACCUUCGGUCCUGUUGCCGGACUGUUCCCUUUUGAUACGGAAGCUGAGGUUGUCAAGUUGGCGAACGAUGCUGAGGUUGGUUUAGCCGGCUACUUUUUCUCGAAAGACAUACAGCGUGUGUACCGUGUUGCCGAGGCGUUGGACGUCGGCAUGAUCGGCGUCAACACUGGCCUGAUCUCCGACGCCGCUUCGCCUUUUGGCGGAGUCAAGGAAUCUGGCUUCGGAAGGGAAGGCAGCAAGUAUGGAAUAGACGAGUAUGUGGUGACAAAGACGAUCACUCUCGGAGGUAACGGACUUCCUCUGCAAGGCGAAUAAGCGCUUUCUAGCUUGAGAAGUGUGUCUUGGACUGUCAAAUGUAAUAAAAAUACAUGGUACUAGCAUACUAGCCUGGCGGCUUUCUAUUCUAAUACUGGUCUCCAUUUCUUCCUCGGAACAAAUCCCUCAACGCCCUCGUCCGCCAUGACUUCUGCGCUUGUCCGUCCAGUGACAACGCUUCUCUCUACGUCGGCACCUCGGACGUAGAAGGCUUCAAAUCCGCGAUCUGGGCCUGCUCUAACCCACGUCCGACCUUCUUUGACGAAGCCCGAAUGCCUCCUGUCCAGCGUGAUAAACCACCGGCGCUGAUGGACUGAACCAAUAGUAUUCUCAGCGCCGGUAUAUGCAUUGUUGGCACGGAUGGACUCGAUCUCGGCAUCGCAGUCGUCGUCUUCGGAAGCUAGGGCGGCCUCAUCGUUGACGAGUCUAUCCAGAUCCUGUUCCACCUGCACUGAUCCACCACUGAUGUUGGUGGAUUUUGAGUAUUUUCGCUUGCGGAGGCGGAUAGGUCUUGGAUGCUUAACCACAUCGUUUGCAGAGGGUAGACGCAAAACUAUCGUGUAUUCUCUUGGAAGCCGAGUGCCAUGCAACUUGAGUCUAAUAUAUCGAGCUUUGAAAGCCUCCAUAAGCUUCUCGUUUU